CUUACUCCUACUCCUACUCCUACUCUUUACUCCAUCUAUUGUAGAUCGGGCCUACUACACUCAUCAAGAAAGAAAAGAUAGAAAACUCGCAAUAUUUAGCUUCAAGCGUUUAAUAAAGCAUUACUCCCAUUAUUCCUAACACCAUUUUCUGAUCAAGUUACGUUGUAACUACGUUAGAAGUUACAAUUUCUCAAUCAAGAAAUUGUCAAUAUAAUUCCUCGUUUUUGCGUUACAUAAAAAAUGGCCGAGAAUUCUGAUAAAAAAUCGCCACCAGACUUCAGCGAGGACACGAAAACUGCCGGAGAGCCUUUGUCAGACUUUUUGUUGCAACUAGAAGAUUACACACCUACAGUACCUGAUGCUAUCAGUGAACAUUAUUUGCACACAGCUGGUUUCAAUACCACCGAUCCCAGGAUAGUACGUCUGGUAUCCUUAGCAGCUCAAAAGUUUAUCUCUGAGAUCGCUAAUGAUGCCCUGCAGCAUUGCAAAACACGUGGUGCUAAUCAAAAUUCAAAAACAAAGGGAAAGGAUCGGCGGUAUACCUUGACCAUGGAGGAUCUGACUCCAGCAGUAGCAGAGUACGGCAUAAUAGUGAAGAAACCACAUUACUUCGUCUGAUGGGAAUAAUUAGGACAUAAAUAUGUUUAUUGUAUGUUUGUGUGAUGUUUAUGCAUGUGUAUAGAAUUAAAUGUGUAUGUAUGUGUUUACCAUAUAAUUAAUUACAAUUAUUUUUGUAUUUAAUAUAUCUAUAAUAAAAUUAAA